GUUCUUGGUUCUGUUUUCUUGGAUCUAUUCUUGUUUUCUGAUUGAAUCAUGUCUUUGGAAAGAUCAGAAAAUUUUUUUGUUCGAUUUAAUGGCAAAAAUUAUUCUGCCUGGGCAUUCCCAUUUGAGCUCUUUGUCAAGGGAAAGGAACUAUGGAGUCAUAUCAGUGAUUCUGCACCUGACAAAGAAAAGGAGAAGGAGAAAUAUGCAAAAUGGGAGGUAAAGGAUGCUCAGAUUAUGUCCUGGAUUCUUGGAAGUGUGGAACCCUCCAUACUUCUCAGUCUCAAGCCUUAUAAGACCUCUAGAGGAAUGUGGGAUUACUUGAAGAACGUCUACAACCAAAGCAACUCAGCACGAAGGUUUCAAUUGGAGCUUGAGUUGAGCCAACUCAGUCAAGGGAGUAUGUCAAUCCAAGAGUUUUAUUCUUCAUUUGAAACUCUUUGGACUGAAUACACUGAUAUUGUGUAUGCAAAUGUUCCUUCUGAAGGACUAGUUGCUGUACAAAAUAUCCAUGAAACCAGCAAGCGUGAUCAGUUUUUAAUGAAGUUAAGGGGGGAGUUUGAAACAAUCAGGUCUAACCUGAUGAAUAGACAGUUAGUUCCUUCAAUGAAUAUUUGUGUAGGAGAGCUUCUCAGGGAAGAACAACGGCUCACUACACUGGCUGUCUUGGAGCAGAAAGCUCAAAAUUCUGCUCCAAUUCCUGUUGCCUACGUUGCCCAAAGGAGAUCUAACGGAGGCAGAGAUAUGACUAAUGUCCAGUGUUAUAGUUGCAAGAAUUUUGGUCACUUUGCCAAUAAUUGUACUAAAAAAUUCUGCAAUUAUUGUAAGAAAGCAGGGCAUAUCAUCAAAGAGUGUUCCAUUCGGCCUCCGAAGAAACAUGAAACUGCCUACAAUGUCUCGGUUGGUCCCUCUAGUGUCUCCAAUGCUGGUCAGUCUACGAUUACCCCUGAAAUGGUCCAACAAAUGAUAGUUUCUGCCCUAUCAGCCUUUGGUUUUUCAGGAUCAAGUGUCCGGGAAAAUGAUCGCGAAGGGGCCUAAAGUGGGACGUCUUUUUCCCUUGUUUUUGUCUCCUCCUCCAGUGUCAAAUUAUGUUGCUUGUAAUGCUGUCCAAAGUAAUAAUCAGGUGUGGCAUAGACGUUUAGGACAUCCUAAUUCUCAUGUACUUCGAAUCUUGCUUAAAUCUGGUUUACUUGGGAAUAAAAAUUUUUCUUCUAAUAAUGAUGUUGUUGAUUGUGCAUCCUGUAAACUUGGCAAAAGCAAAACUCUUCCUUUUCCAUUGCAUCAAACCCAUACCACCAAACCUUUUGAACUCGUGCAUACUGAUGUAUGGGGUAUUGCACCUGUAAUCUCUCAUGAACAUUACAAAUACUUUGUUACAUUUAUUGAUGAUUUCACUCGUUUUACUUGGGUAUAUUUUC